AAUAACCCAAUCCUCACCAUUCACCAACAAAACAUUCAUUCAAUACAGCAAACGCAUACCCUUAAGCGUGUGUGAAACAAGGAGAGGAAAAACAGUGUUCUCGCUAAGAUAAACCCACCACUGUUUAUUGGAGCUCCGAUUAGUGGUUGUGAAGUCACCAUACUCGGCGUCUCAGAACGCUGCCCGGAAAAAAGAGUUGUUAUAUUAGUUUCACAAAUACGACGUCGUUUUGCUCUGAUUGUUGCUUCCUGCUGAUCGUCGGCCGCCGUCGCCCUCCACCUGUUCGUCGGUCUUCUUCAGUCGUAUCUCCGUUCAUAGGUUCCUCGGUGGCUUUUCCUUUGAUGAUGAGAGUGAUAGGGAUAUAAAAUCUUUAGAUAGUGAUUGGAAGGAAGUGCGGAAGCUCAUUUUGAUUUAAUUGUUUUCAAGAUCACGACUUGUUGUGAUUUAUGGUUCGACUUUGAGAGUGAUACGGAAACUUGGGGUAAAAUCUGGCCAUGGGAAGAGAUUGAGAAAUCAUUCUUUCUAGUAACAGUAGAAAGACCAGACCUAAUUAUAGAGGAAGAAGCACAAGUGUGGGUUGAGAACAAGAAAGUAAUGCAAUUGAGGAUGAGAAUAGGUGAUCAUGAUGUGUACUUUGUAAAUUGUUGCAUUGCUGCACAAUUAGAAUCCAUCAAUUAUCGAGGUUCUAGUCGAUAUUCCACCACUGAGGAUCUCAAGGAGAAUGGAGGCAAUCAGUUGUUUAUGUUAUUCCACUCUCCUGGCCCUUUAUUCAUAAAUACAAGUCCGACAGUUGAAGGGACUGCAUCUUCUGGGCAGAAUGGACGACCAUUUGCAGCCAUCAAUAGCUCAGGACACACAUGAAUAUUGUGAAAAUGGAUUUAACCUUGGUGGAGCAGGUCAUAAAGAGAAGUCAAGGUUAGCAAUAUGGACCUUAAACCAUUCAAAUUAGACAUUGACGAGCUUAUAAAUGAGUUUGACAAGGGCGGAUCUCCUACUUUCGCAGAAAUGAAGAGAGUGUGGGUUUCUAAAAAGUUCUCCUAUAUUUUCGAGGCUAGUCCCUCUAAAGAUCAGGCAUGCUUUAUACAAUCACUCUAUGCCUACUGCAUUGGUUACAUGGUGUCUACUAAUUCUCUUUUGAGUAGACUGGGUGGACUAUAUUGCCUAUAUUGCCUCUAUGAAACACAGCCAUUCAAGCCUCCUUUCAAGAUUUAUAUAUCUCUGGGAGAGUUAAAGAAUCUUAGGAACGUUGUUGCUGAGGCAAAGGCCAAAGAUGUUAAGGUAGUCCCUGCUGUAGUCAAGCGUAUGUUAGAUAGGAACAUGUUUCUUUUUGGGUUUGUGGAUGUGAAUGAAAGCUCUGCUGCGGAGAGAUUAGAUGAACUGUCAGAAGUACAAAAUGCAAGUAUCCAAAUAGCAUGCAAAAAGUUAUUUGCAAAUAGCCGGAUCGAGCAUUUCACCCACAUGGAUAUGGGAUUGGAGCUUGAGGUGGAUUUGCUCAAGCAAAAGUCAGCAGAUUAUGCAAGGGCGAAAGAUCUAGCUAUUAAAGAGGCUAGUGACAUUGUGGAUGUUGAAAGUAUAAAGCACAUAGCAGAAAACCAGACAUUGAUAGGAGACGUGGUCGGGAAGACUGCUGAUGACUGGAAAGCUCAGAAGGAAUUAUUUUAUCAAAAAACAGGCAUUCUUCAUCAGCCUGUCAAAGACUCAGUUGACGUUGUUGGAAAAGAGCAUGAUAAGUCCCAACAAAAAGUGGCUGAAGAGCAGGAUGACAAUGAUGACUUCAGUAAGGAACUUGAAGAAGUGUUAUUGUCUGCACAGAACGAAUCUGACUUCGAAGAAUAGGGACUCCUUUUUAGGCCAGAAGACCAUCAAUGGAAUUAUUAAACUGUCAAGAUUAACUGAAAAAAGGGUAGGCCAAAAGCUCCAUCAAAAGCAACAAAAGUCCACAGACCCCUCAAAUGGCUUCUGUUAGGGAGAGAAAUUUUCAGUUGGGAGCCAUUCUUUUGCAGCUAAACUAUUUUAUACUUGUAAAAAUGGAAGAUUUAGCUGUAAGUCAUAAGUAUGAUUGUAAGUGCUUUUUGGUAAUACACUGUCUUCUUAUAAUGUACAUUCUCUAGAAAUUCAAAAUUGUUCUUUUUAUUUCUCCAAA